CGGCGUGCGCAGGCGCAGACGUGAGGCGCGAGCGCCGAGUAGCUGAUCGAGCGCGCCCCGCCCCCGACGCCAUCUCCCGGACCGCGAGCCGUCCAGGUCUCAGUGCUGUGGCCGCCACAGAGCCUAGAGGAUGUUUCACGGGAUCCCAGCCACUCCGGGCAUAGGAGCCCCUGGGAACAAGCCAGAGCUGUAUGAGGAAGUGAAGUUGUACAAGAAUGCCCGGGAGCGGGAGAAGUACGACAACAUGGCAGAGCUGUUCGCGGUGGUGAAAACAAUGCAAGCCCUGGAGAAAGCCUACAUCAAGGACUGCGUCUCCCCCAGCGAGUACACGGCAGCCUGCUCCCGGCUCCUGGUCCAGUACAAAGCUGCCUUCAGGCAGGUUCAGGGCUCAGAAAUCAGCACUAUUGACGAGUUCUGCCGCAAGUUCCGCCUGGAUUGUCCACUGGCCAUGGAGCGGAUCAAGGAGGACCGACCCAUCACCAUCAAGGACGACAAGGGCAACCUCAACCGCUGCAUUGCCGACGUAGUCUCGCUCUUCAUCACGAUCAUGGACAAGCUGCGCCUGGAGAUUCGCGCCAUGGAUGAGAUCCAGCCCGACCUGCGAGAGCUGAUGGAGACCAUGCACCGAAUGAGCCACCUCCCGCCCGACUUUGAGGGUCGCCAGACGGUCAGCCAGUGGCUGCAGACCCUGAGCGGCAUGUCGGCAUCAGACGAGCUGGACGACUCACAGGUGCGUCAGAUGCUGUUCGACCUGGAGUCAGCCUACAACGCCUUCAACCGCUUCCUGCAUGCCUGAGCCCGUGGCGCCAGCCCCUGCACGGAAGGGCAGAGUCUGAGGCGAUGACUCCUGGUCCCCUAUCCGCCACACAGGCCCUGGUCAUCCACACAACUCACUGUCUGCAGCUGCCCAUCUUGUGUCUGUCUUUGGUGUCAGGACUUUGGGAGCCGGGCCCCUCCCCACAAUAAAGAUACUCCUGUGACCCUCC